CGCAUGCUCGCAAGUCAAACUUCCGGCGUGAGACUUGCUUUUGUGGCUGUCGUUUGUUCUGUUUCGUGUAGAUAAUAGUAAAAUUUAAAGCAAGUAUUUAUCCUGUAUUGUUUUUAUUAACGUGAACAGUGUGGAUAUUACAAUUAAUACAAAACGGACCGUCCUAAGUGUUAAUAUAUCUGGUUGUAAAGUGUUGUCAAGCGGUCUAAAAACUCCUGCACUUGAGUGACAGAAGUGAUGCAACAUGGCAGCAACUCCUCUCAGUAGGUCUUUCCUCUCAGCACUGAGGAGACAUACUCGGUGUCAAAGCCGUGGACUUAACUCUUUGGCAGAGAGGACAGUCAGCCGGGUGUCCUCGGUGGUGAUAUGUAGUCACAGCGGAGCGGCGGAAGGACACACAAGCCUGGACCGGGGACAACCGGUGGAGUGGGACAGAAGAAGUAGUCGGGACAACAGCAGCAGGUCUCCCCUCCUCAAGUCAGUGUCUGUGGGUCUGGGACUCUGCGGUGCGGCGCUCCUGCACAGUCAGAAAGAAGAUAAAGACAGAAGAGUCUCGAUAUCCGGGCGGUGUCUUGCACUCAUUCUGCCGUCGGCUCAGUGUGCUUCCCCCUUUAAACCCGACAGCCCCCGGUAUAAAUACAACUUUAUUGCAGAUGUGGUAGAAAAGUCCACUCCAGCUGUCGUGUACAUUGAAAUCUUGGGCAGACACCCAUUUUCAGGAAGAGAAGUCCCAGUGUCAAAUGGCUCUGGCUUCAUUAUCAGCAGUGAUGGUCUCAUCGUCACCAAUGCUCAUGUUGUGGCCAACAAGAGAGGCGUCCGUGUGAAGCUCAUCAACGGAGACAUGUACAACGCCACUGUGCAAGAUGUUGAUCCAGUGGCAGACAUCGCUACCAUCAAAAUCACUGCGAAGAAUCCUUUGCCCACGCUCACCCUUGGUCGGUCGUCCGAUGUUCGACAAGGAGAGUUUGUGGUUGCCAUGGGAAGCCCGUUUUCUUUACGGAACACAAUCACAUCAGGAAUCGUCAGCUCAGUGCAGCGAGGCAGUAAGGAGCUGGGCCUGUCCAACUCCAACAUGGAGUACAUCCAGACUGACGCAGCCAUUGAUUUUGGAAAUUCUGGAGGUCCCCUGAUUAACUUGGAUGGUGAAGUCAUUGGUAUAAACACCAUGAAGGUCACUGCAGGAAUCUCCUUUGCCAUUCCAUCUGAUCGCCUGAGACUUUUUCUUGAUCAAGCAGCAAAGAAAAAGCAAUCUUGGUUUGGUGGGGCAGAGAUGAAACGGCGGUACAUUGGUGUCACGAUGCUGACGCUUACGCCAAGCAUCAUUGCGGAGUUGAAGUUGAGAGACCCAUCCUUCCCAGACGUGACACACGGCAUCCUGAUUCACAGGGUGAUCAUGGGCUCCCCGGCCAAUAGAGCUGGCGUGCUACCAGGAGACAUCGUGGUGGAGCUAAACGGAGUGAAGGUGCACACCUCUGAAGAGAUCUACCAGGUCAUCCACACCAGCGACAAAAUCACCAUGGUGGUGCAGAGAGGACACGAGUUGCUUCGACUGCAAAUAACCCCAGAGUACACAGAGUGACACUAACUUCAUUUCUUAACUUCAUGUUGAUGGACAGCUGGCCACAUGAUUUGUUCAUGUACACAAGAAGAAAACUGUGAAACAUGAUCGUGACUAUGGUCAGAUGACAAUGUGUAAUCUAAUAAACGUGUAAUCAAACAGGGUUUUUAAUGUACAUAUGUGCAAUAGUUGAUGACUUUUGUUAAAUAUUUUGUUGACACCACAAAGUAAAUUACAGUGACAAGCCUGUAGUGUCAACUUAAACCAAAAGUAUGUGUGUUUUUUUUGCCAUAUUUAUCAAUCAAGUCUUUCUCUACAUGGCCGAUGGCUGUUAACUACAUAAUGGUUUCAAUGUAAUUUCUCAAAUUCAAACUGUCAUCAUGAACCUUCAUGAACCUGCCAGCACCAGAAGACUUAAAUAGAUAAAUGGGCCAGUUCCACAGAGAUAUUUUAGACUGGGCUGUAGUGUUAAUUUUGGUCUGAGAUUAGUCUAAUGCAGUUUAGGCAGUUUCAAGCAAAAAAAGCCACCCAUCCCCCAGGCUGACUCAUUCAAUCCAACAAUGCCAAAAAGCGGGAAACAUACCUCAGUUUGUUUUUGUCAUCAACAUUGUGGUGAACAUAAUGAGGGCAAAGAGGUUUUAGAGAGCACAGAAACAUGUUGGAAAUACCCAGCAGUGAGGACAUCGUCGGUGCGUUUCAUUUGACCGAUCCUGACUGAGUUAGAAGAUUUACUGAACUCUGCCACAUUAAGAAGCCACAGUGGAUCAGCUCUGCUACAGAUCUGUAUUACAUUGACAUUUUAUGCGAAUAUAAGUUCUUUGUAUUGUCAGUAUUAAAUGUGGAGUGCACAGUGCUGAGUAUAGUGCUGUGGCUGCUUGGUCAGUCA